ACGAUAUCAUUGGUUGUUAGCGAACAAUCUUUUAAGGCGGAGAGAUUCUAUUCCAGAAGCAUCUGGCUCUGGUUUCAGUUUGCACACGUAAUCAGCAACCUCAUCUCCAGCAACCACACUCGCACUAAAACAAUAAUAAUCGUUGACGCAAUUAAACUACAGUAUUAUUGUGCAUUCACAAAUGUCGGCCAUUAGAAUAAAUUCGCCCACUACGGCGUUGACGCUUUCCAUCAAACACCUUACCUGCAACCCUUCUUUCCCCACCAAUUGUCGCCGUUUCAAGCGAAAUACCGUCGCCAUGUCUUCCGCUCCUCUCCAAGUCUGCGCCAAAUCUUCUCUCACUGUCCCUAACAAGCUCGGCGAUUGUCCGUUUACACAGAGAGUUUUGCUGACACUGGAAGAGAAGCAUCUUCCUUAUGACCUAAAGUUGGUUGAUCUCGGUAACAAGCCAGACUGGUUUUUAAGUAUUAGCCCAGAAGGUAAAGUCCCAGUGGCGAAGGUUGAUGACAAAUGGAUAGCAGAUUCCGAUGUUAUUACACAGACAGUAGAGGAAAAGUUCCCUGACCCGUCACUGGUGACCCCACCUGAGAAAGCUUCUGUUGGGUCGAAGAUCUUUUCGACAUAUAUUGGCUUCUUAAAAAGCAAAGAUGCGAAUGAUGGAACGGAGCAAGCUUUACUGAAUGAACUCUCUGCUUUCAAUGAUUACAUCAAAGAAAAUGGUCCGUUUAUCAACGGAAAGGAUAUCUCUGCUGCAGACUUGUCGCUAGGUCCGAAGCUGUACCAUAUGGAGAUCGCUUUGGGUCAUUUUAAGAAGUGGUCAGUCCCGGAUUCACUUCCCCAUCUGAAAACAUACAUGAAGACUGUGUUCUCAUUGGACUCGUUCAUCAAAACAAUGCCGCUAACAGAAGACGUAAUUGAGGGAUGGCGGCCAAAGGUCAUGGGUUAACGCCAAUUUAUAUCAAGGAGUCACCCAUCAAUGCAUCUAUGAUAACGUUGUCGAAUUUGUUCUCUUUUGGUUUCUGGUUCCUCGCAUAGAGUUCGUUGUUCUCUCCUACGUUUCUUUAGAUGGCCGAAUGCAACUUAUUGCCUACCAUAUAUACAUUUUAGUUGAAAACUACUGUAAUUGUGUUGUUAUGUCGGUUUCUGUAUAUUAUCAUGAACAAACUUGUGUUAAUAUCUUGUCAUCAUGAAUUACAAGUAAUGUUAUAACACAUCACAUUCGGGUUC